UCUUACCACCACCACCACCUCGAGUUCCGGCAAAACUCAUGCUUCAAAAUCCAAUUCUUCAUUUAGUUCGACCAACCACUCUUGGUUGAAAGAGGCCAAAUCUCUGCAUCAAUGCCGCCGAGAGCCCUCCUCUUUGCGGUCUUCAUCAUCUCCUUCUCGAUCUCUACCGGCGUACGAGCACAGGAUGAGAGCAAUGAUGCACAGACAGCUGAACCAUCAGCCGCAGACAAUUGCAUUGGAGUCUUCCUAACCUACACUUUGAUGUCUCGCAUGAAGGAGUACCCUUAUGUCAAGAAUGCAUCAGCUCAGUCCUAUGCCUUCAAGUCCACCGCCACCUUAUUGAAUACAAUGACAGAAGACCUCGUGGCAUGGAAGAUGUUCAUUGGGUUUCAGCAUGAUGAGAUCUUGGUGUCGGUGUCGGGGGCGGUGAUCACAGAUGGAACAGGCUAUCCAGCCCAUGUUGGAAAUGGCACAUCCUUGUCAGGCUUCCCGCAAACCAAUCUUCUGAACGCCAUUGACACCGCUGGGGACUUGACCCAGAUUCAGGUGAAGGUCGACUUGAUUGGGACGCAAUUCGGAGUGAAGCCACCGGGAAUCCCAAUGCCGAAGACAAUUAAAUUGCACAAUGAUGGGUUUAGAUGUCCUGCACCCUCUCACAAAGGAAGCCAGAUGUAUGUAUGUUGUGUCAAAGACCCCAAAUUCAAGGCCAAGACUAAUACCACCAGGUUCCUUCCCCUUCAGAAAGGUGACCUCCUCAUCUUCUACGAUGUCAUCCAAGCCUAUGGAAACAACUACCUUGCCCAAGUGACCAUUGAGAACAACAAUACGAUCGGCCGCCUCGACAACUGGAACCUCACAUGGGAAUGGAAGCGAGGAGAAUUCAUCCACAGCGUGAAGGGAGCCUACACCUUUAAAAAGGAUGUCUACGACUGUAUCUAUGGAGAAGCUGGCAAUUAUUACGAGAGUUUAGAUUUCUCACAGGUCAUGAACUGUGAGAAGAAGCCCAUCAUUACAGACCUCCCUCCUGAGAGAGCCCACGACAACACCAUUGGAAACAUUCCUGAUUGCUGUAAGAAUGGCAGCCUCCUUCCAUCCAUCAUGGAUCCCAGCCAGUCCAAGGCAGUCUUUCAGGUCCAAGUGUUUAAGAUUCCACCAGACCUCAAUCGGACCGCCUUGUAUCCUCCUCAGAACUUCAAGAUCAAUGGCUUCCUCAAUCCAAACUACGUCUGCAGUCCACCGAUCAGAGUUAGGCCAUCGGAGUUUCCAGACCCAAGUGGUCUCAUGUCAGAGACCAUAGCACUGGCUACUUGGCAAGUUGCAUGCAAUAUAACAAGGCCCAAGCGAAAGCAUUCUGGAUGCUGCGUCUCCUUCUCUGCCUACUAUAAUGACUCGGUUGUCCCCUGCAAUACAUGUGCUUGUGGCUGCGCCAAAGCAGCAGGUUGUGAUCCAGAUGCUCCUCCAUUGCUUCUCCCUUCAGAAGCACUCCUGAUCCCCUUUCAGAACAGAACGGCCAAGGCCAAAGCCUGGGCUGAGAUCAAGCACCGUCGUCUCCCCAACCCGCUACCAUGCGGGGACUACUGCGGAGUUAGCAUCAAUUGGCACAUACUAUCUAACUACCGGAAUGGAUGGACUGCAAGGAUCACACUGUUCAAUUGGGGAGACUACACUUUCAAGAACUGGUUUGCGGCAAUUCGGAUGGACAAAGCCUAUCCUGGUUAUGAGAAAGUGUAUUCAUUCAAUGGUACAAAGCUAGAUGAGUUCAAGAACACUCUCUUCUUCCAAGGAUUGGAGGGUGCCAAAAACUUGUUGCCGGUGCAGGAUGGGAAGAACCCUGCUGUUGAUCCAAGCGUUCCUGGUAAGCAACAAUCAGUUGUUUCAUUUACAAAGAAGCAGACACCUGGUAUUGAUGUUCCGCGAGGGGAUGGAUUUCCAACAAGGUUGUAUUUCAAUGGUGAGGAGUGUGCCCUUCCUGAUGACAUACCACUAGGAGGUGGUCAUCGACAUAGUGUUAGUCUUCUAUCCAUAGUUUUGGUUGCAGUCAUGGUGUUCGCACCGAUAAAGGAUAACUUGUGUUGAUGGCCCACAGGGUGGUGAGAUCAAGCCUUUGAGCAUUGCUAGUCUUGCACUGUGUUUCCUAGGGGAAUUCACUUUUGGAUCGAUUCUGGUAGUUCAGUGUUGUUACAAAAUCUGCAGGUGACCCAUCCAAUGACUCGCUUGAUAGACAUGUUCAUGAAACGAUGCGAGAGGUGAAAAAAUAUGGGAUAAUAGAGUUAGCAGAUUGAUACUAACAAGAUUCCAUUCUGCCGGCCGUAGGUAAAUUAGGACAGAUUUUUAUGGUGAUACAGAGGCCAGCAAAUGGUACUGUACUAUUACUUGCUUAGAUGUAUAUUUAUGCAUUUCUUUUG